UCUCGCCUCCAAGCAUCAUGUGGGAGACCCUCGGCCUCCUCCUCACGGUGCUCCUGGCCAGAGGAUCCUGUUUGAGCUGUGAAACCUGCAUCAGCCCCGGUGAAGGCUGCACUGGCUUGGCCCACCCCUGUGGCCCGAAUGAAGACACUUGCCUUACCCUAAUCGGGGAGAACUCUUUGGGCGGAGGCGACACCACCGAAACCCUCAAGACCUGCAUUGCUGCCAGCGACUGCUACGCGGGCUCCCUUAGCAUCACCACCGGAGCCGGAGUCCACAUUCGGAGCAUUUCCAGAUGCUGCCAGGACGAUCUCUGCAACCAGUGGGCGCUGAACUUGCCGCCGAUGAAUCUCAAUCCCAACGGCCUGCGGUGUCCAGUCUGUUUUGCCUUCGAUUCUGAUCACUGUGACGGGAAUGAAACUCUGACCUGCACAGGAGCGGACAAUCAUUGUGUCGCUGUGUCUGGGAUGCUGAACAUAGCCGGUCACCUCUCCCCCUUCGCAGCAAGGGGCUGUAGCACAGCCACUGCCUGCUCUUUGCCGCUGGGCGUCGGGCUUUACUCUGCGGGAGUCAUUUUUACCCUUGACAAGGCACUCUGCAGCCCAGCACCCAACACCAGCAGUCAUGGGAAGAAGCUAUCGGAGGGAUGAAGGCCCUGAACUGACUCUCAGCUCCGUCCUUCCACAAACCUCCUGACUUUC